ACACACAUGGUUUCGCGCAGACCAGCCAGUCACGUCCAUGAUACGUCUUUACAUACAUGUCUCCCUACCAGUAACAGAGCUCUGCUGCCACGCCUUUUUCCUUAUGUGCCAGAGGACCCGGCCCCCUCACUCGUUGCUUCUCGGUACUUUCUGAUGCUCUCCCCAUGAGGUCCUUCUGCCUAUCCUCUCCAUUCAGUUGAUCAAACACUUAUUGAAAAAAUCCAGGCCGUGUCGGUGCUCCUGCAAGCAAAUAGGUAGGCUACUCUAAUCGGCAAGCUCUUCCCUGACCUCAGUUUAAAUCAAGACAGAGUUAAGAUGACCGCAAAGCACCGCAGAGGAAAAAGCAGCAACAAACACGAAGAAAAUUCUUACAAACAUGACUCUCUGGAACCAGAGGAGCGGCCAGGAAACAACCUUGCUUUGUUGCUUGUUUUAUUUCUCAUUAUCGUUAUUGGAGGAGCCACCGUCGGCUGGUUCUGCUUCCAGCAGCAGCAAACACUAACCUAUUUAACUGAUAACCUCAUGGGUAUGCAGAUGAAAAUGGUGAAGUUGCAGUCUUUCCAGGAGGAAUUGCGAAAGUCAACCGAGAAGCAAUGCGGUGAUUGAGGCAGAGGAGGCCUCGGCGGGCGAGGAGGAGGUGGUGCAGGAAGUGGAGCAGGAAGCCGUGGAAGAGGCCUCUGCUCCGGAGGAGGUGGAGCCUGCUCCUGCUGCUACUACUACUGAAGAGUUAGCGGAGACGAGUGAGGACAUGGCAGCUUCAGAACCAGAGGUAGAAGCGGAGGAGGCAGAGCCGGAGCCGCCGGCAGAAGACACAUCUGCAGAAGAAUAAUAGUUACUGUAUCUGGACACGGUUUCACAAGGAGAAUCUUCCACCAAACCCAGUGAUGAGGACAGAAUAGACAGUUCCACGUGUCUUAAGACUAGCAGGACAAUAAAACAAGAAGUUAAGAAGGCGUUAACUUUGUUUUCCUCACAAACAGCAACCAGGUCACAUACGAGGGUUCAUUUUGCAAAGACAGAACAGAAACGGCUUGUUUUUUUUGGAGGGUACCUUGGCCAGAGGAUUUUACAAUAUGCAGGACACUCUGGUGCCAAUACCAACCUUGUAAGCCUUAACGUUUUAUACCAACACAGUUGUCUUUCUAGAGUUUUUAAAAUCGCACUUCACUUUUACUGCACUACCCUUAGAUAAAAUCAGUACUGUAUCUUUUUCUGCCGCCAAACUUUUUUUCAAACUGUCCCAUGAAAUGUGAUCGCUGUUUUUGUGAGAAUGACUUUGCCUUCUGUCUCUUUCUGGGGAGCACUUUUUGUGAACGGGAUGCACCCCAGACUCUUGGAAAUGACAUCCCAGUGCUAUCAGGUUUGUUUAUACAGUAGAGGAAGUAAGAGUACUGGGGGGAGAGCUCUAUGUCAGAAAGGGAAUUGGGGAGGAAGGGAAAGGGUUGAUGCGCUAAUUGAGAAUGGGUUCUAAUGUCUUGAUUUCACUUACUUCUAGAAUGUUCUGUGAUCUCACUCCAGGCUCACUAUCAAAUGGUGCUUUUUGCACACUUCAUCUUGGGUCUGGAAAAAUGUAAUUUUUUUGAAAUAAAUGCUGGAUUCACCCCCUUUUUAAUACUUGA